AUGUUGUUGCUGAUUUUGCGAAGGUCUGGGGCUAGAGCAACCAGCGGCAGUAUCCUCGGUACGUCGAUACCGCUAAAUCAUGCUAAAUUUGGAAUAUUACGACCACACUCAGGGUCCCCGUUAGAGAAGACCUUAAGAACGAUGCCUAGAAUAGGUUGUCGGUUAUUACAUAGUAGUAUUCAUUUAAGCAAAGAACUGCAACCAGCUUCUAAGGAAGGCGCUGACGCUGAAGCUGAAGCUGACGCAGCUGCCACUGUGGCGGCCAAGAAACUUUUAGCAGAAUUUAAAAAUAACUCGCUUAGACAGCAUUUGGGUAACACUAGAAUUAAGAAGGAUGAAUUAAUAGAAGAGGAGAAUCAAAAGGAGUCACAACAAAAGAAAACAUUCCGAGAGAAUAUAAAAACUAUAGCAAGAAUCAUUAAGUUGGGUAAACCUGAUUUAAGACUCUUUCUUUAUGCCUUGGCGUUUAUUCUCUGUGCCGUCUUGUAUCCCACAGCUUCAGUCAAACUUGUUGGGUCUGCUAUUGACGCUAUCAACCAAAACAUCAAAGAUGAAGAUGGGAACUUACUUAUCUGGGGUUACAAGGCUCAAUCCGUGUUUGCCGUCAUGGUCCCAUUUAUGUGUGUCUCUGCCAUUUGUUUCUGGGCCCGUAUUUGGGUUUUGAAAGUUUUGGGUGAAAGACUCGUGGCUAGGUUAAGACUUCGUGCCAUGAAGCUGUUGGUAAGACAUGAUGCUAAAUUCUAUGAUAAUGACAAACACAAGGUUGGCGAUUUAAUUUCAAGACUUUCCAGUGAUGCCUACGUUGUAUCGAGAUCCAUCACCAGUAACCUUCCUGAUGGAUUGAAAAACGUCUUGUUUGGAAUCAUCUCAGCCUAUAUGAUGUUUUCCAUCAAUCCUAUGCUUUUCGGGGUUAUGUUAUGUAUCUCACCUCCAAUUACGUUUGGUUCUGUUUGGUAUGGUGAAAAAAUCCGUGGAUUAUCCACCAAAUUACAAAAUGCAUCUGCUGGUUUGACCAAGGCUGCAGAGGAGACUCUUAGUUCUGUCAAGUUGAUCCAGGCAUUUACUGGAGAACAAAAGGAAUUAGCCAAAUAUUCAGCUGAGCUUAGAAACGUGGUUAAUGUUGCCAAGACUGAAGCCUUAGCGCAAUCGAAUUACCUGGUUUCUAUCUAUGGAUUAUACCAUACUGGUUACUUAUCCUGUAUAGCUCUUGGGGUUUAUCUUAUCUUAAACGGUCAAAUGACUGCUGGGGAUGUGGUGGCAUUCACCAUGUACCUGGAGUUCUUCAAUCUGGCGUUGUAUUCCUUAACUACUACAUACAUGGAAUUGAUGAAGGGAUCGGGAGCUGGAGUGAAAUUGUUUGAAUUAAUUGAUUAUAGAAAUGAUGUUGAAGCUAUUAAGGGACAAAAGGUUCCUCCUAAAUUGGAUAAUGACAUUGAAUUUAAAGACGUUGUGUUUAGUUAUCCAACUAGAGCAACCAAUAAGAUCUUUGAUGGAUGCUCUUUCAAGAUCCCGGCUGCUUCUUCAACAUGUUUUGUCGCACCUUCGGGAUGUGGUAAGUCUACUGUUGCUCUCUUGUUACUUCGUUCUUAUAAUAUCAAUUCUGGUGAAAUCUUGAUUGGUGGAAAGAACAUCAAAGAUUUGCAGGUUCGUGAUCUUAGAAGAGAAAUUAUAGGGAUUGUUCAGCAAGAACCAGUAUUAUUAUCUGGUAGUAUCUUGGAAAACAUUGUGUAUGGAUUAACAUCUACCGAGAUCAAUAAAUUAACAAUGGAUGAUGUCAUUGACGCUGCCAAGCUGGCAAAUUGUCAUGACUUCAUUUCAAACUUCCCUGAAGGUUAUGACACAAUCAUAGGAGCUCGUGGUGCCUCACUUUCUGGUGGUCAAAAGCAAAGAGUUGCCAUUGCAAGAGCGCUCAUUAAGAAGCCAUCCAUUCUUAUUUUGGAUGAGGCUACCUCAGCCUUAGAUUCAAAGCUGGAGCUGCUUAUCAAUGAAACAUUAAAAGAAUUGACCUCACAGGGUAAAAUGACAAUAAUAUCCAUUGCACACAGACUCUCCACUAUAUCCAAGUCGGAAUAUGUCGUUGUAUUGGGGAAGAAGGGACGUGUGGUGGAACAAGGACGUUUUGUUGAUUUGUAUAGUAAUCCUAAUUCAGAAUUGUCCAGACUUCUUGACUCUACUGCUAAACCGGAACCAGCUACCGAGGGUGAAGGCGAAGAAGUCAUAGAAGAAGAAGGGGAAGACUCUGGAAAGGUUGAUGAUUUGACUAAGGUUAGGUCAUUAAUCGAUGAAUUACCUUAUGACUUACGUUCUCAACUUAUCGAACAAAUCUCAGAAGAAAUCAAGAGGGAUAGAGAAGCAGCCUUGAAAGAAGCCAAGGCAAUUCCUGAUAGUUUGAGCUAG